AAUAAGUAAAACAAGUUACAUUUGUAAAUAAUUUAUAGCUAAAAGUAGAAAGGGUUAAGGGUCAAAGAGUUGUAGAAGAAAGUAUUGGAUAUUUGGAUAGAGAUCCUUUCUGGCCGGGACUAGCACACAGUAGAUACUUAACAAAUAUUGACUUUGUAACUCCUUUUUUUGACUGUUAAUAUUGAAUCUGAGAGUGUGAUGGGUAGGAUGAGACUCCUGAAGAUGGAGAUGUAAGGGGAAGGCAUUGGGGAUUACAGACAGGAAAGUUGAGGGAGGCCCCAGUCAGACACGACCCCCUCUUUCCAGGGAAGGGCUUUCCCACUUUGGCCAGAGUGGCAGAGGCAGCAGCCCGGCUGGGCCUGGAAGGCUCCCCCCCUCAGCUAGCCCCAAGUUGUCAAUCUUUUCCUAAAUCCCCGCCCGAGUAAGGGAAGCCUACCAAGAGAGGCCCGGAGUGGGAGGGCAAAAAGCAAACUCUCCUCCUGCAUUCCUGAUCCCUCUUCCUGCUCCUUUCCCCCCCUUCCACCUCCCCUCUUCCUCUUUGGCUACGUGGUGGUCGCCCAGGCAGACACCCCGACAGUAAGGCAGACACCCUCCGUGGGGGUGGGGAAAGGGGCAAGCCACGGGGGGCCAUAGUGAGGGGACGAAGAGAAGACUCCCCCCUCAUUCCUGCUCCCUCUUCCUGCCCCUUUGUCCCACCCCUCCCCUUCCCUCUUCCUCUUUGGCUACGUGGUGGGAGCCCAGGCUGACCCCCCGACAGUCAGACAGGCAUCCACUGAAAGGUGUGGGAGAGGGGUGAGCCCUAGGGGUCCGGGGCGGGCUGGGCGAAGGCCUUCGGGCAGGGCAGCUGCGGCAGCGGGAUGGGACCCGGCGGCCGGGGCCGGCCCCCCCGCCUCGGGGUGGCCGCUGUUGCGGGGCGAGCCCUGCUCUGCGCCCUGUGCUUCUGUUGCUCCCUGAGCCCCGGGCGGGCGCAGUACGAGCGCUACAGCUUCCGCAGCUUCCCCCGGGACGAGCUGAUGCCCCUGGAGUCCGCCUACAAGUACGGCCUGGACCAGUACGGCCACGAGAACUGGGCCGAGAGCGUGGGCUACCUGGAGAUCAGCAUGCGGCUGCACCGCCUGCUGCGGGACAGCGAGGCUUUCUGCCACCUCAACUGCAGCACCGUGCGCAUGGACGGGGACCCGCCCGCGCCCGCCUCGGACCCUGGCCUUGACCCUCAGCCCCAGCCCCGGGACAGGUUCGCCGACUUCCCCGAACUGCGGCUCUUCGGGGACCUGCUGCACCGCGCCAGAUGCCUCAAGCGCUGCAAGCAGGGGCUCCCCGCCUUCCGCCAGUCCCAGCCCAGCCGCGAGGUUCUGGACGAGUUCCAGCGGCGGGAGCCCUACAAGUUCCUUCAAUACGCCUACUUCAAGGCAAACAACCUUCCAAAAGCUAUUGCUGCUGCACACACCUUCCUUUUGAAGCAUCCCAAUGAUGAAAUGAUGCUAAGAAAUAUGGCCUAUUACAAGAGUAUGCCCGGUGCUGAGGACCACAUCAAAGACUUGGAAACCAAAUCCUAUGAGAACCUUUUCAUCAGAGCUGUGCGGGCAUAUAAUGGAGAGAAUUGGAGGACAUCCAUUACUGACAUGGAAUUGGCUCUUCCUGACUUCUUUAAGGCCUUCUAUGAAUGUCUUGCCGCCUGUGAAGGCUCCAGGGAGAUUAAGGAUUUCAAAGACUUUUAUCUCUCCGUAGCAGACCAUUAUAUUGAAGUUCUGGAGUGCAAACUGAAGUGUGAAGAGAACCUCACCCCUGUCAUAGGGGGCUAUCCCGUGGAGAAGUUUGUGGCCACCAUGUAUCAUUAUUUGCAGUUUGCCUAUUAUAAGUUGAAUGACAUGAAGAAUGCUGCUCCAUGUGUUGCCAGCUAUAUGCUCUUUGAUCAGAAAGAUGAAGUCAUGAAACAGAAUCUGGUUUACUAUGAGUACCACAGAGAGAAGUGGGGUCUCACAGAUGAGCAUUUCCAGCCCAGAUCGGAAGCUGUUCAAUACUUUAAUGUAACAACAAUUCAAAAGGAACUCUAUGAAUUUGCCAAAGAAAACAUAAUGGAUGACGAUGAGGGAGAAGUUGUGGAAUACUUGGAUGAACUCCUGGAGGAAGAAGGAGGCGGUUAAUCAGAAACGUACCAAAGAAAUUUCAGAGCAUUGUGGACAUUUCCCCAAGAAGCACAAGGUCCACAGUGGUUCUUCCCUUUACUCCCUUUGCUCAGGUUCAUGAUACCUCAAAGCCUCCCUUUUGUGCUGUGACAUAGAGGAAGAGCACCAGUUUUGAUCUCUCAAUACUCGCUGUAAGCAGGAAGACCAACUUAUCCUCCUGUACCUUCUCUCCAUCAAACCUGGCCACUUGUCUGGCUGAACAGGGAUCCUCAACUUUGGUCUCCUUGCUUAGCUUCCUCCAAUGGUGUAAUCUUGUUAAUGAAACCAGCCCGCCCUUCCCCCUCCAAGAGAGACAAUCAUGAAAUUUUCUGCUGCCGUUGAAUUUGUUUGUCUUAGUUUUCAAAACCUUCACUGACUCAUGAAUCAGAAACUAAUAUGCUUUUUCCCAAAAAACUUGGAGAAGUUGUGGAGCAGGUGAAUGGAAAGGGGGUGAGUUGGAGAAGGAAGACUCUCCAAGUCUCGCCAUUUUGUGCCCUGAACCAACCUCAAUAAAACUAAACCAAAGGUCUUUAAUUGAGGGAGGUGCUCAUUGUGGUCUUCUACAUGUAUUUUUAAAGGUUUAUUUAAAAGCUUUUAUGGUAAGUUGUAAGGAGUUAAGCCCAACUUAAAAUAGAUUGGGAGGUGGUAAACUCUAGGAACACCAAGUCUGGUAUUGUUUGUUUGUUUUGUUUAUUAGCUUUUUUCCCCUUUACUCUUUCUCUUCUAAUUUCAAGAAUUAGUUCCUGAUCUAGCUAGAGCCUUGUAAUGAUGGAGGCUAAAGAUUGGGUUGAAGACUCAAUGGGAGAAAGUUCCUCCAGUAAUGAUAUAGACAAGACAUGUUCUUUGUUUGUUUAUUAGCUUUUUUCCCCUUUACUCUUUCUCUUCUAAUUUCAAGAAUUAGUUCCUGAUCUAGCCAGAGCCUUGUAAUGAUGGAGGCUAAAGAAUGAGUUGAAGACUCAUUGGGAGAAAGUUCCUCCAGUAAUGAUGUAGACAACAAGACAGAGUGAGACUCAGUACUCCACAGUGAGAAGAGAUAUGACAUAGAGACUAGUGAACUGGUUUUAAAGUCCAGAGACUUGUGUUCAAGACCCCACCUCCCAAUAUUGACUAGCUAGGUGACCCUGAUCAAAUCACUUAACUGCUCAGUAUCCCAGGAAACUCUCUGAGACAAAAAAUUGCAAAGAAUGGAAGUAAAAUAGAUAUUUAUUAAGCAUCUUUAGAGAUGCUUUAGAGAUAUUAUCUUAUUUGUUCCUCUCAACAACCCUGUGAUGUAGGUGCUCUUUUUACAGUUUUACAGUUGAGGAAACUGAGGCACCAAGAUUAAGUGAUUUGCUCAAGGUCCCAAAGGUAGUCUGAAGCAAAUUUGAAUUCAGAUCUUCAUAACUCUUAAGUCUAGUACUCUAUCUAGCCUCCUAUAUGCCAUAAGAAGGUACUGACCCAUAUCAGUAGGGAGAAUUUCCUCAUUUGAGACAUCCGUGUAUCAGUGAAAUCAUGAGUUAUAUGUUGUAUGAUAUAUAGUAACUUCAAAUAGAAAAAGUUCAAUAUGAACUCUUUUCUCCAACAAAAGCAACUCUUUGUUAAUCACUUUCCUCACAAAAAGAGUCCAAUCUCAUCCAUUGACAGGAUUUGGAGUUAAAGGUGACACCUUGGAAAUUAUUCAGUCCUACAUAUAAUUUAUUUUACUUCAUCUUAAUUUUAUUGUUAGCUUUUUCUUUUUCUUUCUUUUUUUUCCCCUGAGGCAAUUGGGGUUAAGUGACUUGCCCAGGGUCACACAGCUGGUAGGGUUAAGUAUCUGAGAUAAGAUUAGAACUCAGGUCCUCCUGAUUUCAGGGCUGGUGCUUUAUCCAUUGCACUACCUAGCUGCCCCUAUUGUUAGCUUUUUCUUUUAAUCACCCUUAUUUCUGAAUGGAACCUUCUCCACUCCCCUCUCCAGUGAGUUCCAUUGAGUCAUUUCUUUGUAACAAGAUCCAAAAGAGAGAGAGAGAGAGAGAAAAUCUAAUCCUCAAAACCAGACAACAUUUCAACAUGAUCGGCAUGACAUGCAAUAUUGCCCCAUCUAGGUGUCCUUUUCUGUAAAAAAGGGAUGUAAUAUUUUUCUCAACUCUUCUCUAGGGCUGAACUUGUUCAUUCUAAUUAUACAGAAUUCUAUUUUAUCUUCUUUAUGUUUAAAUUGUUGUAGUUAUUGUGUGUCAUUUUCUGGUUCUGUUCCCUUCUCUCUGUAUCAGUUUAUUUGACUUCCCAUACCUCUUUGAAUUUGCCAUAUUUAUUAUUUCUUUUAUAAAUAUAUUAUAAUUUGCCAUUCCCCAAUCCACGAGAUCCAUUGUCUUAUUUUAAAGAGGAGAAAAAUCAAGUCCAGAGAAGUCAUGACUUGCCUGUAAAUAAAUAACAGGCCAGCUCUUCUGCUCUUUCCCCAGAGGUGAGAUGCAAAUAAGGUUUUUCUGGAUACCAAAAUAAAUUCUUUUGACUACUUUGAA